UCCCAGGAUGCCUCAAACCAUGAAACCACGCUCCCCGGUGCAUGCCGGGAGUGGUAGUCCUUCCUCCCUGAGGAGGCGCGCGAUGAUGGGGCUGUGGGUGAAGCAGCGGAGGGCUCUCCCCUGGGGCUCCCUCGCCUGCUCCGCCUGGGCUCCGGGUGAGGAGGGCGCAGCCUGGGCCGCCUUCUCGGGGCCCAAGCGCCGGUGGGGGCGGCCUGGCUCCUCGGCGCACCUUGCUGCGGGGGCUGCCGCCCGUGGCCCUGGGGCUCCCCGCGUGGCGGCGGCGGCGGCGGCGGCGGCGGUGGUGGACCUGCGCAGCGACACCGUCUCCCGGCCCAGCCAGCGCAUGAGGAGGGCCAUGGCCGCGGCCGAGGUGGGCGACGACGACUACGGGGAGGACCCCACCGUCAACGAGCUGCAGAGAGUGGUGGCUGAGCUCCUUGGAAUGGAAGAAGCCCUCUUUGUUCCCACGGCCACCAUGGCCAACCUCAUUGCUGUCAUGUGCCACUGUCACAGACGAGGGGCGCAGGUCCUGCUUGGGAAGAAGUCCCACAUCCAUGUUUUUGAACAUGGAGGGGUUGCCCAGGUGGCUGGAGUCCAUUCAGAGCUAUUGCAGGAUCUGCCCAAUGGGCUCUUCUGUCUUGAUGAACUGGAGUGUAAGAUCCAGCAGGCCCACAAAAGCCAGUAUCAUCCCCGCCCUGAGCUCAUCUGCCUGGAGAAUACGCACUGCUCAGCUGGAGGACGUGUGCUGCCCCUCAUGUACCUGCGGGAAGUGCACCAACUAGCCCAGCAGUAUGGGUUGCGGAUACACAUGGAUGGUGCCCGGGUGCUUAAUGCUGCUGUUGCAUUGGGGGUACCAGCAACUCGUAUAUCUCAGCAUUGUGAUUCCAUCUCUUUGUGCCUCUCAAAGGGUGUGGGUGCACCAGCAGGUGCACUUCUAGCUGGAUCCAAAGAGCUCCUCUCAGAAGCCUGGCGUGUGCGCAAGCUCCUUGGAGGUGGGAUGCGCCAGGCAGGGGUUCUGGCAGCAGCGGGGCUUGUUGGAUUAAGCCAAAUGGAGGAGACUCUGGAGAAGGACCAUAGUAAUGCCAGGUGCUUUGCCCAAGGUGCCUCUGCUUUUAGUUCCUCUCUCUGCUUCAUAAAUCCAGCCACAGUGGAGACCAAUAUUGUCAUGGUGACAGUGUUAACACCCGGGCUGACUCCUGUCAGGUUGUGUGAACUAAUGGAGGCUGUGAGUGAAGAGGAGAUUGCUGUCACAGGACAAGCCAUUAGCGUGAGGCUCUUCCCAUGGGGUGAACACUGCCUUCGUGCUGUCUGGCACUGUGACGUCUCCCCUCAUGACACACAACUUGCUGUGAACAAGUUGCGCUUUGUACUAGACAGGUAUGAGCAGUAAUAUCCUAUCGGGCUUCAGACCAGAAGUUAAGUUGGUGCUUGGCAUGUCAAUGUGGAAUUAAGCCAGAGCAUGCUGUUAAACUCAGUUAUGCUAGUCUCAGAUUUAGUUUUGCCAGUUGAUCUGAAACUGAGACUGAAGUCUAUAUAAAACAGGGCAUUGCAGUGGAAAUGCAAAUCUGGAUGCCAACAAAAGGAAGACUUCAAGCACUACACACCACCUACAGGCUCAAACAAACAUAUUUGGCAACUCCUGCAUCCCUUUUAAUUCUGUUCCUGGCCACCUUACCUAUUAGCCCAUGAUUCAAGACUGGUGUGCUUAGAAAAACACCAUUCUUCAUCCUAUGAUCUUAGGUGGAAAUUAACAAAAGUCCAAGAUGGAAAUUGGUUUAACCUCUAUCUUCACACUGCUCCAUGUAUUGACCUCUGCAACAAAGGCAUCUCUGUAGCAUUCAAUGUGCAGCAUACCAGGAAAGUAGCCCAGUGCAGCUGGCCAGUCCCCUGCUAUGGAGAGACAGUGGUGGGAGAGCCAGUUAACAUCUAAGUGUGGAACUUUCCAGGAUCCUUUCUCUCCAGACCCCAGGCUGUCUUCCAACAGCUUGCCUUCAAUGAGCUACUGAUAUUUCACCACCUGGGACCAAUUCUGCAAGAAGUGCCCAUCUUUUUCAGCCUCACCACCUCCCACUGAUCACAGUGGAGAAUGUUGUUACCCAAAAAUACUCCACUGUUGCCAACUGAGGUCUUUUGUGAGGCACUGCAAUGAUUGUAGUGUAGCUGGAGGCAUCCCUUUCUUCAGCCCAGAUGGUACCAGCACCCACUGUGCCUCUCUGUGUCUGAGAACUUCCAGAAGUGCUCUUGUUUCAGGAAAGCAGACAGAGCUAGCAGGACCUUAGGACAGAGAGGCCAUACAGACUGACUUGCUGCAGACAGUAGCAGUGGGCCUUCUGGAAAAAUGAUUAAACUAUGUCAGCCAUGCAUAAACUCCCA